AUGCCCGAGAUUGUAGACGACAAGUCGCAGCACUGCAUCCCCUUCCUUUUGCAGCGCCUUCGCGUCCAUACCGAGCGACACUCGGGCACGGGCAAUACCCCGCCGUUCUUCCUGGGACUGAAUGGCGUGCAGGGCGCCGGCAAAACCGUUUUGGUCUCGACGCUCCAGCACGCCCUCCGGUCCGAGCCGUACUCGCUCUCUGUUGUAACAUUGUCGCUCGACGAUAUCUAUCUUACCAACGCCGACCAGGUUGCUCUCGCCCAGGCGCAUCCGAGCAACCCGCUUCUCCAGCACCGCGGCCAGCCCUCGACCCACGAUCUCGCUCUCGGUGAGCAGGUCUUCGCGUCUUUGGCGGCCGAACAACUCACUGCUGUCCCGCAAUACGACAAGUCUGCAUUCGAGGGACAGGGUGACCGAGUUCCCUCAUCAAUAUGGGAGGUCGUCAAUGCCGAUGGACAGAAAAAGGUCAAGGUCGUCAUUUUCGAAGGCUGGUGUGUCGGGUUCCGCGCCUGGGAUGAACAGACCCUGCGCGCCAAGUGGGAGGCUGCCGUGCGACAGAAGGACACAGGCGAAUACCGGGGCCGACUAGGCCAUGUGAAGUUUGAGGAUGUUCAGACAGUCAAUGAGGCAUUGAAGGGAUAUGAUGCCUUGACCGACAAGCUUGACGCCUUGAUCCAUAUCGAUGCCCAAGACCUUCACUUCGUCUAUGACUGGCGCCAGGAACAAGAACGCAACCUCCGCGCUACCAAGAGCACCGGGAUGACCGAAGAGCAAGUCAACCAUUUCGUGGAUGGCUACUAUCCCUCCUACGAGCUUUUCACCGAAACCCUUCGCGAUGGUGCCUUCAAGCCCUCCCCGCACAACCCGUCGGCAUUGCAGUCCGACUGGCAAGGGAGACAGCUCCGUCUGGUGGUAGACCAGAACCGGAGGGUUCAAGAUGUGCUACAAAUCUAA